CGUCGGCAGCGGAAUGCAGCCUUUGCGGUGGGCACCCGUGGUGGAAAACCCCUCGAAUGAUCCUGGACAGAGCCGCUUCCUCGCUCGGGACCCACUGAGCAUUCUUGAGGAGGGGACUUUUAAGAGCGUGCCGACUGUGCUCGGGGUCAACUCCCGCGAGGGUCUGCUGUGGCUCACGGGGAAGGCCCCCAGGACGGUGGCGCGGCUGUUGCAGCGCUUCGACCUCGACUUCAGCCUCGUCGUCCGCGACCUGCCCUUCGUGUGGCGCCGGGGCCGCGAGCCAAGCGCCGCCCAGGUCCAUCGCGCCGCCCUCCUCAUUCGCGGCUUCUUCUUCGGCAGGCAGAGGAUCGCCAUGAGGACGCUGCCGACGUUCCUCGAUGUAAGUGAUGGAGCACUCGGGCUGCCUAAGCUGACUCCCUUCCCUUCCCUCCCAUCAUGCUCCCCUUCCUCCAGCUUUACUCCGACAUCAUUUUCAACAUCGGCGUGCGCGAGGCCACCACCCUCCACUUGCGUUGGUCCUCUACUCCCCUCUACCUGUACCGCUUUUCCUUCGAUGGCCGGCUGGGAUUCCUCAAACGAUUGAUUGGUACAUCUAC